UCACCCCUAACAUCGACACACUGGCCGCCGAUGGAGUAGUACUCGACCACUACUACACACAACCACUUUGUAGCCCGAGUAGGGGUGCGCUCAUGACUGGUGUGCACCCCAUACACACUGGUCUACAGAACUUAGUACUUAUAAGCGCAUCGCCCACUGGUCUGCCCCUGGAUUUCAAACUAUGGCCACAAUAUCUCAAACAACGCCAUAAUUACGCCACACAUAUUGUCGGCAAAUGGCACUUGGGCUUUGCCCGCAAGGAAUACACGCCCACAUACCGGGGCUUUGACUCGCACGUGGGCUAUUGGGGUGGCUCCGAGUAUUACUACAAUCACACGCAUUGCGACAUCAAUGGUCAUUGCGGUCACGACUUCCGUCACAAUAUGGAUAUUAUAACAAACGGGUCGGGCGUCUACUCCACCGACUAUUUCACCGACCGGUGCCUUCAUAUC